GCUCAACCGGAAGUUCCUUGUUUGACCGUGUGUAUCUUGCCGCCCGUCGGUGAGAUGGCCGUGGACUCUUUGCUGGUUCCUGUGGAGUCUCUGCUGGUUCCUGUGGAGUCGAAACUGGUUCUGUGGACAGGCAGCAGGAGGCGAGACACCCCGACCCGUCCUCCAUUGUUAAAAAAAACCCUUACACGGUGAUCUGUGUGUGGAUGAGGCGGGCUGUCGCUGACGUCACCUUAAUGAUCCAAAACUAAAAGUGCAGGAAAACAUCCGCAGGGAGAGCAGUAGAAUGAGGUUGCAGCAUCCCCCUGACAGUCUCCCACCGCUCUCUGUAGCAGUAGUCAUGGCUCAGCGUCUUCUCCUUCAGUUCUUUGGACACCAGGAGUGCAGCAGUGUGUGAUCGUGGUGUCGUCCUGUUGAUGAGCGUUUGAAUCCGGACCCUCCAGAAAACCUCUGAACAUCUCAUCAACGCUCCUCAAUACUGGAGGCUGGCUUUCUUCAGGUGUGUGUUGUAGCUGUGUGGCCGGGCAGCCUGGCUGCCUCCCCGCCUCCAGAUGAAUGAAGAACACUCCGGGACCCAGAGACACAGCUGAUGCAGGGCAUGCAGGUGUUUCUGCAAGUAUGAUGAAGAAAAAGAAUCCCCACAAAAAACAUAAGAGCACUCUCGGUCCGACCACUAAAGUCCUCUCGCCGCCUCGACGCAACAUCGUCGGCUGCAGAAUCCAACACGUGUGGAAGGAAGGAGGAGGACACGUGAUCUGGAAAGGAGCCGUGCUGGACCAGGUGCCGGUGAACCCGUCCCUCUACCUGAUCAAGUACGAUGGUUUCGACUGCGUUUACGGUCUGGAGCUCCACAAAGACGAAAGGGUUCAGGGUCUGGAGGUGCUCCCUGACAGACUCGCUAAAUCCCGUCUCACAGACGUGAACCUUGCGGACACCAUGAUCGGUAAAGCAGUGGAGCACAUGUUUGAGACGGAGGAGGGUCCGAAGGAGGAGUGGAGGGGGAUGGUGUUGGCCCGGGCUCCCAUCAUGACCACCUGGUUCUACAUCACCUACGAGAAAGAUCCGGUGCUCUACAUGUACCAGCUGCUGGACGACUACAAAGAGGGAGACCUGCGUAUCAUGCCCGAAUCCAACGACAGUGUCCCCACGGAGAGGGAGCCAGGAGAGGUGGUGGACAGCCUGGUGGGCAAACAGGUGGAGUACGCCAAAGAGGACGGCGGCAAGCGGACGGGCAUGGUCAUCCACCAGGUGGAGGCCAAACCGUCCGUCUACUUCAUCAAGUUUGACGACGACUUCCUCAUCUACGUCUACGACCUGGUCAAGACUUCGUAAGACUCCAUGGACGUCCUGAGCCCGCCCCCCCCCCAAAUCAAGUGCUUAAUCCUCAAAACCAUCGAAGACGAAAUAAAACACUAAACACGCUCACAACGGAGAAACAUGGGAGGGAUACGUCUCGAGCUUUGGCUACUUUUGUGUCUGGGGAUAUUUCAGAUUGGAAGAAAUGGAUUGGUGACGAUGAAGACACAGAUCUAUGACCUUCUUACAAGAAGAACAAAAAAAAGUCCUUGAUUUUACUUGAAAUUAUCCAAAACAUUUCAGAUACCUGUCUCAACAAACAGAAGUUUACUCCCUCCAGUGUGCAUAUUUCAGAAGAAAACUUGUGGCACAGCUAAUCCCAGAUUACUAAGAAGAAGACGGAGUCACCUGGAUGUCUUCAGGUGGUUGUCCUACAUCAACAACACACCUGGCCUUAGAUGGAAGAAGUGAAGGAGAGAGGUCUGAUGCUGAAUGUUGGACGGAGCAUCUCCCAAAAGAGGAGAAGAAGAAUUUAAAGACGGAACAACAAUUCAUGAUCGCACUACUCCAAACACAAACGACACAGAUCAGUGUUGUAAGGAUUUAAAUUGCAAAUGUACAGAAGCCCAUUUCUGCCAUGACAAGAAAAAAAGAGGACAGUAUGAGGGUUAAAAGAGGUCAUGUGAUACUAAAGAAGGGUGACGACUUUCCCAGUCAAAAUUCAUAUUAUAAUUCAAACUUCUUAUUCGUGAAUUUGACUGAAGCUCCAAAACACCUAAAUCAUUUCAGUGUUGGGAAAUCAGGGGUUACCAAACUUUGUCAUGUCGAGGACCCCCAUUACAGCCUCUGGCACAGACCCUCCUCUUUCAUAUUUUUGUAACGCCUUUAAUGGUAUGUCAAAAAUCAAUUAUUAGUUGGAUUCGCUGGGAUGCUUCCUCUCCUUUUGUAGUCUUCAGUACGACUCCUGUCGUGUCGUGCGUCACAUAGCUUUGUAGCUCGUAGGAAUGAAUUUCCCAAACUAACCGUAGUAGUCAGUGUUUUCCUUCUUAAUUGGCAAUCACAGGCUUCCGUACAUUUGAAGCGUGGUCGUAGUUUACCCUGGGAGAAAUAAAUGUCCCCCGAGUGUGAUGGUUUUUGGCCUUUUGGAUGAUGUACGGGACUAAAAGGAGACCGAUUUAACCCUUGUGCUGUGCUGCUUUCACCGGCUCCAUCUCACCCACUCAGACUGAAUCUUCAUGAGAGGCUCAAAGAUCCUCCGAAAACGUCCGCAGUCAAACUGUGCUUUAAAAAAACAAAAACACGGGGGUUCUUUUUAUUUGCCUUUUUGUAUAAUUGCCAAUCCCCUUCCUGUCCUGUCGUUGAGUUGUUUGUUGUCAGAGAUGAUCGGGCAGCUUUUUCUCGUGAUUUCACUCAAGCCUUUUGGAUUUCGCUCUCGUGUCGUCUUUUCUACUUCAUCAAUGAAGGAGAGGAAAAAUGAACCUCGGCCAAAGCUCUUUCUGUCCUUGGCGGAUUGUUUUGAUGUUCUAAAUCUCGUCACAGACGGACUUUUCUUGCUGUUUGAACUUUAAACAGAGUACCUGCACCUUUAAGAGGAGAACAAGAAGAAUCAGACAGUUUGAGUUUUUCAACUUAAAAUUUAAAGGCCUGUACCGGUGGAGUACGGUUUCCUGUUUCAAAGGUAUCUGUGAACACUUUUGAACGCCUAAUUCCAAAAACUUUUGUCUUAGUUGAAAAAGUUAUAACUUAAAAAGGUUCCCAGUUUUUACUUAUAAAUGAAGUGUAAUCAGCUCUGUAUGUAUGCAGUAAGAGAGGACACAGUCAGAUGUGUUUGUUAUAAAGAGAUUAAAAACCAGUGAGGGCUUAAUUACCCAUUUAACAAAUGUACAUUUUGAUUUGGAUAAAGUCCAGACUGAAGGUUUUGCAUAAACAAACACUACGUGCUGAUUCAAACAGGAGUAUUUUCCAACUCUUUUUGGCCCAUGCUGAUAGUAAGAACUACGUCUAAUUUAUGCCUUAUUAUUAUUCUUAGUGAACAUUUUAAAGUCGUAUUUUGCCACUUAGACUUGGAUCAAAUAGUUUGGUUCAUUCUUAUUUGCCUAUUAAGAAGAAAUCCCAAACAAAAUGCAAAAAAAAACAAAACAUUUUUUAAAAACAAGAUAUUAAAGCUCCUGUGAGGAACUUUUGGUGUUUUUGUUUUUGGUGCCCCCCUGUGGCUGUUAAAGCAGCGUGCUGCUAAUUGGUCCGACACAGACCCUGCAGCAGUGCUUUCAAAGAGAAAGAACUACUAUAUAGAAAUAAUUGAUCUUCAUGCUGAUGGUCUCAUUUGCUUUCGUGGGUCAUAAAGGGGCAUCAGUAUUAAUUUCAGUCUGCUUCAUAACCAGGUUAAAAUCCCCUCACUGGAGCUUUAAAUAGCCAAGAUAUGAUAGAUAGAUGAUUAUCAGCACCCUGUCUCACCUGAUGUCACGUAAACAAGUACUGCUCUUACUUAAGUGAAAAACCUGAGCAAAGCUCCAUAUUUUAUUUGUAUUUUAAUUUAAAUUUGCUAUUACGUCCGACAUACAUUUUUAUAGCGCACAGAAGAGCGUCUAUCACAUUGAAUGUCAGAAUUUAAUGAACUUGUUUUUUUACAAGUUUUUUCAGAGUUAUUAGAAUAUAAAUGUGAAUUGAUCAGAUUUCAGGGGAAAAACAUGUUUUUUUUAUUGAUGGAAAAAAAUGAUAUUUUAAUCAGCAUUUGAACAAAUUGAGUUGGGAAAUAUUUGAAUUUUAAAUAUCUGCGAAUAAGUCCAACAUUAUGCAUUCCUAGAUUUAUGAUUAAUGUAGAAAAAGACCUGUCUGAUAUUUGCAACCACACAGAAAUGUUGUCAUGUAUCAUACUUAAUGUAAUAUUUUAGUAUUUGUGAAGAUUUUUUAGUUAUUUUUUAGCACUUAAUGCAGCAGCUACCUGUGAACCUUUAGCAUCCGUUGUUUUAUUUUAACUUCAGACAACAAGCUCAUAAAAUAACACUUUAAAGGUUGAAGAGCCGUCCAUUAUGACUUUAAACCAUCAGAUGUUUCGUGCUUCACGAUGAACAGAUCAGAGUAAAGUGUGUAAAACCUUCAGUCUGAUUAUUUCCUAUGAUGUAAUGAGUUGCCGGGCAGAUUACAGCUCUUAUUGUAACCACACUUAAAAAAAGAAGACAGAUCCUCCAGAGGUCUGUCAUUCCUGCACUUGUAUAUCUGUUAUGUUUUCUCAUACAGAGAGGUAUGAUUGUGAUCAUCUGAACAGAGUAAGAUGAACUAUUGACGCAUCAUUAUUGAGACUUGACGAAAUCAAAGGUCGAGUCCAUCAGUCAGAACAUUUCACUGUUAUAAAGAUCACGGACAAUUGAUGUUCAUGUUUGGAAUGACAUUGGCCUUCUAUCUGCCUUGUAUUGUUUGUUUUUGUAUGUUUCAAAAUAUAUGUUAAUUUUUAUUGUUAAUGGAAAA